AUGGCUUUCCACACUCGCUCCAACAGCUUCACCUCAAGGCGACACCCGAUCGUUCAAGAAGUUGAUGAACAUUUGUGUAGAUUGAGAUCUUCUGACGCCACCUCCACAUCCUCCACAUCAAUCAGCCACAAACUAAUUGGCCUUCAAGACUUGCAUAGUUGUGUUGAUAGGUUGUUUCAGUUGCCCCUCACUCAACAAGCCUUGGCCCAAGAGCAGAAUGAGAAAUCGACUAAUGAGCUAUUAGAUGGUUCUCUCAGGCUCUUGGAUGUUUGUAGCAGUGCCAAGGAUAGGAAUGCGUACAGGGCCUUCAAUUGA